GUGCAAAUAGUUUCUUCUCUCUCCAACCUGCCUCAGUGAUUUGCUGGUCUCCCUCUCCCUCGUCAGGCGUUUCCUCGCUAAUCACCGGCUUCUGGGAUCGUCGCCGGCGGCGGCCGCUCCAACGGUGACAUCGGAUCGAUCUACGCGCAGAGCUUCGCAGGCCCGGACCUGCGCUAGACCUCAAAGCCUCGAUCGCACCGCAUCUUCUCCCCCUGUUGCUCGUCCGCUCCUUCGCCGCCGCACCCGCCGCCAGCCUCCCCUUCCCCCGAAGAACGGCGGCCGGGCGCUGUCCCCUGGCCCCUGACGCGUCGGUUACCAUUGGAUUGGUGUGGGGGCGGCGAUCCGUCCGGACCUAGGGUUGCUGAGACCCGGGAGACCCCAUAGGGUACGAUCUAGGCGCAUCCGCCUCCGCGUGGGUGAGGCGGAGGAGGGAGGAUGUCGUCGCUCAGCCGGGAGCUGGUCUUCCUCAUCCUGCAGUUCCUCGAUGAAGAGAAGUUCAAAGAGACUGUCCACAAGCUCGAGCAGGAGUCCGGGUUCUACUUCAACAUGAAGUACUUUGAGGACGAGGUGAUCAAUGGGAAUUGGGACGAGGUGGAGCGCUACCUUGGUGGCUUCACCAAGGUUGAUGACAACCGCUACUCGAUGAAGAUAUUCUUUGAGAUCCGCAAGCAGAAGUAUCUCGAGGCUCUUGAUAAGCAUGAUCGGUCCAAGGCUGUUGAAAUCUUGGUCAAAGACUUGAAGGUCUUUGCAUCCUUCAAUGAGGAGCUUUUUAAGGAGAUCACACAGCUCCUGACCUUGGAGAACUUUAGGGAAAAUGAGCAGCUCUCCAAGUAUGGUGAUACAAAAUCUGCGAGAGCGAUAAUGCUUGUUGAGCUGAAGAAGCUGAUUGAAGCUAAUCCCUUAUUUCGCGACAAGCUACAGUUUCCCAACCUGAAGAAUUCUAGGUUGCGGACACUUAUCAACCAGAGCUUGAACUGGCAGCAUCAGCUUUGCAAAAAUCCUAGGCCUAAUCCUGAUAUCAAGACUCUUUUUGUUGAUCAUUCGUGUGGACAACCAAACGGUGCACGUGCUCCAUCGCCAGCUAACAACCCGUUACUUGGUUCUAUACCCAAACCAGGAGGUUUCCCUCCAUUGGGUGCUCAUGGACCCUUUCAAACUGCACCAACAGUCCCACCUCUGGCUGGGUGGAUGUCAAACCCACCAGCAGUAACACAUCCUGCUGUGUCUGGUGGUGCUAUUGGAUUUGGUACUCCUACGAAUCCAGCCGCUUUAUUGAAGCAUCCUAGGACGCCCACAACAGCUAAUCCUAGUAUGGAUUAUCCAUCAGGAGAUUCUGAUCACAUCUCCAAGAGAUCUAGACCAGUUGGCAUUGCUGAGGAGGUGAAUCUUCCAGUGAACAUGUUGCCUGUGACUUAUCCACAGAGCCAUAAUUACCAACAAGAUGAUUUCCAUAAAACGGUUGCACGGACCUUGACCCAAGGAUCAGCUCCUAUGAGCAUGGAUUUCCAUCCACUUCAGCAAACUCUUCUUCUUGUUGGUACCAAUGUUGGUGACAUAGGAUUGUGGGAUGUUGGUACAAAAGAUAGACUUGUUGUAAAAAACUUCAAGGUUUGGGAGCUUGGAAAGUGUUCGAUGGCUCUCCAGGCAUCGCUCGUCAAGGAUCCUUCUGUGUCAGUUAAUCGCAUAAUAUGGAGUCCUGAUGGAACCUUGUUUGGUGUUGCUUAUUCAAGGCAUAUUGUACAGAUUUAUUCCUAUCAUGGUGGCGAUGAUAUUAGGCAACACUUGGAGAUUGAUGCACAUGUUGGUGGUGUAAAUGACAUUGCAUUUGCUCAUCCAAAUAAGCAGCUAUGUAUAAUUACAUGUGGAGAUGAUAAGACAAUUAAGGUAUGGGAGGCCACUAGUGGAGCAAAGCAAUUUACCUUUGAAGGACAUGAAGCUCCUGUUUAUUCAGUUUGUCCGCAUUACAAGGAAAAUAUUCAGUUCAUCUUCUCAACUGCUUUAGAUGGAAAGAUCAAGGCUUGGCUAUAUGAUAAUUUGGGAUCUAGAGUUGACUAUGAUGCACCAGGUCACUGGUGCACUACAAUGGCAUAUAGCGCGGAUGGUUCAAGAUUGUUUUCGUGUGGAACUAGCAAGGAUGGUGAAUCACAUCUAGUCGAAUGGAAUGAAAGUGAAGGAGCGGUGAAGAGAACAUACCAGGGAUUCCGCAAGCGAUCCAUGGGUGUCGUGCAAUUCGAUACCACCCGCAACAGGUUUUUGGCUGCUGGAGAUGAAUUCUUGAUUAAGAUAUGGGACAUGGACAACACAGGUCUUCUGACUACUAUUGAUGCUGAUGGUGGUUUACCUGCAAGCCCACGGAUACGCUUCAACAAGGAGGGGACUCUGUUGGCUGUUUCUACUCUUGACAGUGGUAUCAAGAUAUUAGCAAACGCUGAUGGACUUAGGUUAUUGCGCACGUUAGAAAAUCGUUCUUUUGACGCUUCUCGUAAUGCAGCUGAGACUGUAACAAAGCCUCUAAUAAAUCCAUUGACUGCUGCGGCAAAUGCGGCUGCAGCAAGUAGCUCAGGAACUCCUGCUCCAGCAGCUAUAACUGCAAUGAAUGGUGAUAGCAGAAGUUUGGUUGAUGUAAAACCUAGAAUAGCUGAUGAGUCAUUGGACAAGUCAAAGGUAUGGAAACUUAUGGAGAUUACUGAGUCAACUCAGUGCAGAUCUAUUAAACUGGCGGAUAACAUGAGAACAAGCAAGAUUUCGAGACUGAUUUACACAAAUUCUGGCAUUGCUAUCUUGGCUUUGACCGCAAGCGCUGUUCAUCUACUCUGGAAAUGGCCACGCAGUGAUCGGAACACAUCUGGCAAGGCAACCGCAAGUGUAUCUCCUCAACUAUGGCAACCUCCAAGUGGCAUCUUUAUGACUAAUGACAUGACUGACAAUAAUCCUGAAGAAGCUGUUCAUUGCUUUGCUUUGUCGAAGAACGAUUCAUAUGUCAUGUCUGCUUCUGGAGGAAAAAUCUCUCUAUUCAACAUGAUGACUUUCAAGACUAUGACAACAUUUAUGCCUCCACCACCGGCAGCAACUUUUCUUGCAUUUCAUCCUCAAGAUAACAAUAUAAUUGCAAUUGGAAUGGACGAUUCGACCAUUCAAAUCUACAAUGUCCGAAUUGAUGAGGUCAAAAGCAAGCUUAGAGGUCACUCUAAGAGAAUCACGGGUCUUGCCUUUUCAAAUGUGCUAAAUGUGUUGGUCUCUUCUGGAGCUGAUGCACAGUUGUGUGUUUGGAACACGGAUGGAUGGGAGAAGCAAAAGAACAGAUUUUUGCAGAUACCAUCAGGUCGCCCAUCCAACAUCCUAGACACUCGUGUUCAGUUCCACCAAGAUCAAAUGCACUUCCUUGUUGUGCAUGAAACCCAGAUUGCCAUCUAUGAUACUACAAAGCUAGAACCGGUUAAACAGUGGCCUGUUCGAGAGAAUUCACCUCCAAUAACACAUGCGACAUUCUCGUGUGAUAGUCAAUUGAUCUAUGCAAGCUUUAUGGAUGCUACUGUUGGUAUAUUUAAUGCAUCAAGUUUGAGACUCCAAUGUCGAAUUCUUCCAGCUUCAUAUCUUCCUCCAAACAUCAGUUCAAGUGUUCAUCCUGUUGUGGUUGCGGCACACCCUUCGGAAGCAAGCCAGUUUGCUCUAGGAUUGACAGAUGGUGGUGUUUAUGUAUUGGAACCGUUGGAAUCAGAGAGAAAAUGGGGAAAUCCUCCACCAGCGGAGAAUGGGUCCACGAGCAACUUGUCCACACCACCUAAUGGAGCUUCAAGUUCAGAUCAACCAGAAAGAUAAUAAGAAGUUGAACUAGUAGAGUUUUUGUGGCAUGAGUCACUAACCAAGAUGGGCUUCAAAAGGCGGUGCAACUAACCUUGGCAGAGCUGCUUCCAAGGGUCUAUUCGGCAAUGCGCUCAAUAAAAGCAAGCUCCAACAGCAGUUUAUCCUUUGCUUAUAUAUUUUGCUAUUGACUGUAUUGAGUGGAGGGAGUUAGACAUUUUAGUCCUAGCAUUUCGUUUUGUUUUGCUUCUCGUGCUGUGAAAAGAAGUUAUUAUCAGUAGAUAAGAUCUAGUACGAGUAUCAGUCUGGCUGUUUCUGUGACAAUAUGAAUACCGUUCUGACAUUAUUCUUCAUCACUUUUUUUUUACAUAACGGGCGUAUGACGUGACAA